GGUUAUGUGGGAGCAGAGCGGGACAGAUGACAAGCCUGUCGGACCGUUGCGGUAUUUCAUUAAGAACACUGCACGAAAGAUGCGGCGGUUAGCCAGCUUGCUAGGUUGCCGGGAAGCCGAAAUCGCUACAUCUUCCUCUUCAGAAGAGCGGGAGAUUCCUGAGGACGAGCUAAUUCUGAGUCAAGCCAUACUUCCAAAGCGUACCUCCAAGCAAGCCGCACGGUCAGCUUACCAGUUGAAGCCAAGGGGCAAGGGUCCAAACCGGUACACUCCGGAAGAUUAUGUCAGCCGAGGAAAGAAGGUUGUCACUGAGGAGGAUGAGGGGCCGCGGCGGAGAUCAGAUAUGUCGAGGAUGAGGAACGACGAGCCGUUCUCUUCAGAGGAGGAGGAGGAGGAUGAGGAGGAGGAGGAGGAGGAGGAGCAGGAGCAGGAGCAGGAGCAGCAGGAGCAGCAGCAGGAGCAGCAGCAGGAGCAGCCACGGCAGCGGACGAAGAGGAUGGCCGUCCGGAAGCAGCCCGCGAGGACGGCACGUCGAGGACGCUACUAGGAUGUGCCCACGUGUUGUUGUGAACUCUAUAUUCAUAAGUAUCGAUUUGUGAACCCUAUGUCAUGUCGAACCAUGGUCUGUAAUGCUACUUGUUGUUUGAAUCUACGUGCUCCAAUGUGACC